AUGACUACUACCAUCGAAGGGGCACCUCCACCAGCAGCACCUGUCUCUGUCCCCUCAGAUAUAGAUGAAGAUGUUUCGCAUUUUGAGAUGGAACCAAAUCGGUUUAACAUCUAUCGGCAAUACACGUUCAAGCCUCAGACUGAUCCCGAGGAUGAGAUCGCUCUUGAUGCUCUCUGCGACACAUCCACUCUUGCUACUGCUCGACCUACUACUUCCUUUGAGCCUCGGAGCGCUUUGCGUGGUCUCGGACAGGCAUUCAUCAAGAAGGCUGUGGAUUUACAGCAGAAUGUUUUCGUUCCCUUCCUCAAUGUCACCACGUAUCGGUUAAUUUCCUGGUUUUAUAAUGCAUCCUCUGUCAAAUCAGUUGAAGAUCUUGACCGUCUCAUCGAUGAAGUACUCCAUGCCGAGGAUUUCAAUAUGAAGCAUCUUGAAAACUUUGGUGCAGCUCGUGAACUCAAGCGGCUGAAUGAUUACACCACUGCAUUUGAUGCGAAUGACAACUGGAAAGAAGGUUUUGUCAGGAUUCGAUUACCAAAGGAGAAUGUAAAGUACAAGACUGAAGCAGACGCUCCGGAGUUCGAAGUCUCCAGGAUUUACUAUCGCCCACUGCUAGAGGUCAUCAAGGCUGCGUACAUGGAUAUCUCUGCUCGACAGUACCACUUCAUCCCACACAAGCUCUUCUGGUGA